AUGGGUCCAGGUAAGGUGGCUGGCCAAUUGCACCAAUCUCGUCCUGACCCAUUGUAUCAGGAAUGGCACUUGAACACGCAUACAAACUCUAGAGGAUCUAAAGGGGUUUGGUAUAGCAGGAAUAGGAGAGUAACAUCAUCAAGUCUUACUGCUGAUGGUGUCAUUGAUAAUGACGGUGAUGGUGAUGAUGAUGAUGAUGAGGAAGAUUAUACUGAUUAUGAAAGUGAUGAUGGUAUUCGUGGUGGUGGUGUUUUUGUUGUUUCUGUUGUUGAUGAUGGUUAUUGUCUUGUUGAAUGUCAAAUUGGGACUUUCAAGUCAGAUAUCGGUAUAACUGAAUGUUCUCCAUGCCCUGCCAAGAGCCAUGCAGACACCGUAGCAGUUACAAGAUGUACCUGUAUACCAGAUUAUUAUCGAGCACCAGGAGAGGAAGCUGCUCAUCCCUGCACAGCACCCCCUUCUGCACCCACAUCCCUCACUGCCGUGGUCGACGAAAAAUCAUCCGUCGUCACAUUAACGUGGCGCAACCCCGAAAACCUUGGCGGCCGGACGGAUAUAGACUUCAGAAUCGAGUGUCAACGAUGUCCGGCCGAUGUCCAGUUCUCAUCCAUCCAGCGAAUAGGUCAGGGGUAUGAGGUCAAUGUGAGCAGGUUAUCAUCGCAUACGACGUAUGAGUUCAGGGUACAUUCUUACAAUGAGGUCUCCAGCCAGAGUACGGUGGAUAACUUUUCUGGCGUCAAUGCUACAACCUUCUCCUCAGUGCCUUCCGCUGUACGAGACCUGAAGGUAGUAGAGGAUGAUGUCAAUGAUGAUUCGAUCAAACUAAGAUGGCGCCAGCCUCUCUUUCCAAACGGUGAAAUCACAAACUAUCAGGUGAUUUACCGUACCAGCGCCGAGACCCAGGAGAAUGUCAAGUACCAUUACCAGGGUGUAACGGAUGGAGAGGUUCAGGAAACCACGGUGCACGGAUUGGUACCAGGAACAGAAUAUGUCUUUGAGGUUGCAGCCAAUACUGCGAGUGGGGUAGGUGCCUAUAGCCAACAAGUAUUAGCUACUACAUCAGGUUCUGGAGGUCAGUCUGUACCAACAGUCAUUCUAGCAGCAGCAGUAUCAGCCAUCUUUAUCAUUGUCGUCUUGGUAGCUGUCGUCAUCUUCCUUGUCUUCUGGAGAAGGAAAAAGGAAGUACCCCCAUCAGAAAAUGGCCAUCUUAUAUAUGCUAAUGGCACAAAUGGUGAAGUUAUUCUACCACCUCACAUCAAGAAGGUCAAGACCUAUGUUGAUCCAUUCACCUAUGAGGAUCCUAACCAGGCUGUCAAGGAAUUUGCUACCGAGAUUGAUGCAUCGCAGAUCAGAAUCCUUGAAGUCAUUGGUGGAGGUUAG